UUCCGGUAAAGCUGGUACAUACCACCACCAUUCUAAAUCUCCCUAAUCUACCUUCAACCUACUUUUCAUUCUCAACCACUUCUUAAUUCCCUGCAUGACCUCACUUUACCAGUUUCUCUCUUCUCACACUCGUCACAUCGUCACAUCUGCGUCUCAGAUUCUCACAAUACAAGAAGAUAAUGCAACUGAAAUCGGAAUGGUGUUCAGGGGCCUGGACGCUUUGCAAUAGAUCCAAAAUCUUUCGCCCAUGGCAUGUCUCUGGCGAAUCCAGAAGGAAGAAUGGCCCGUUAGCUUGCAUGCACUCAGGCAGUCGAGGAAUACAAUCGAUAUCGUAAUGUGGCUCCGUUUCUCAACGCGUUACCGGCCCCCACGAGUGCGACGGAUCGUCAAGCAGAACACGGCGACUGCCUCUAGUCGUCUCGUAAAUGUGAAAUACAAAGAUAUAGCAUUCAGAACCAGUUCUGCCAGUCAGUCCUGUUCCGCAUUGAAAAACAUCUCGUACUGCUUACCAUUUAUUCAUUUCAGACGUGAGGGCUGACCUCUGUCUUCACGACCCGGGAUCGCGACCUUAAUGAGAUGUUAUUCACUGCCUAUUUAGUUUUGCGAUUGAGGACAUCCAUCAAUUGUGGCAGCUGCGGAGGGCCAAUGCAUGGACGAAUCUGUACAUUGGCGCCUAUGAUCAUUGUUCUCUAUGCUUUGCCCGCCCCAAGAUUUAAGGCUCCGCCUUCGACCUUCGACAUCCUUACUUUACCAUUCCCCUUACCGCUUUCUUCGACCAUGGAAUCCUCGUACGCUCACUUACUGAACCACCCUUGUAUUCGCGACGCCCCGAACUACGACAACGACAUUUCGGAAAUCUCUAGGGCUCGUCUACGGUUUCGCGAGGAGGUGGAGCUCAAGUUUCGUGAAAUACGCAACGAAGCGAACGGGACCUAUGAGGAACUUGCACAACCGAAUUUCGGGCUCGACAAGAAUCUCAACGUAGCCGGCUGCAGUGCAGAAGAACAGCAGAGCUUUUGCGACGACUCUACCUUUAGUCCAAUGGAAGGCGCACAAGGUGGCGUCUAUGGGUUUGUCAAUGCGAGUUCCAAUACGUGGGCCGGCGGAAACAAGCAAAAUGAAUUUGGGUCGGUAUUAUACAACAAGGACCCCUUUACUGAAAAACCAGUACACGCCGUUGCUCCUCCUCAGGAAGAUAGGACCACCGCUCAACAACCAACUGCGACGACAUCAUUGUUGCACGAACAGGUUGCACUUUUGAGAACAGUUCACGAGGCUAGAUUCAUGCCGGAGAAGAUUACCGAUGAUGUGCUUGCUCAGCUAGCUCCUUUCAUUCCUCUGCUGAUGGAGGAGGCGAAGAGGAACUCACUUAGCCUUGCUCCCUAUCUGACUCAGUGGUCCACCUCUUACUGAGGUGCUCACAGACUCGUUCUCGUCCUUCUUUUCGAGAUAUGACUACGAUAUAUCAUAUCCAUGAGUUUAUUUAUAAUGUAUUUGUAUUUCUAGUUUCGAGAUACCCACUGCUGUAGUUUCUUCAUCGGGUUGCA